AUGGAGUUGCUCGCAGCGCUCCUGGGGCUCCUGGGGCUCCUGGGGCUCCUGCCUUUGGCACUGGCGUACAGCUCCGUCAGCGACGCUACUCUCGAAGGACUCCCCGGUCCUGGCACCGACUUCGACAUACACAGCGGCGCUUUGCUCGCACCAAUUCUUCGACCGCGCGUUUCCGGCACCGAAGGUAGCACGGCCGUUCUACAGCACUUCCUCGACUUUUUCAAGAAAGAACUGCCUGAAUGGCGACUGGAGCUGCAGAACUCCUCUUCGACCACGCCCACUUCGAAUGGGAAGUUGGUGCCCUUUGUAAACCUCAUAGCGACACGCGACCCGCCCAAUGCGGGUAUCGGCGACGUUGGGCGGCUGGCACUGGUUGCUCAUUACGAUAGCAAGCUGGAACCUGCGGGUUUUAUCGGUGCAAUCGACAGCGCUGCACCCUGUGCUAUGUUGAUGCAUGCCGCACGCAGCGUUGAUAAGGCUUUGACAAAGAAAUGGGCGGCUAUGGCCGCUGAAGGCACCGAUGACUUGGAGGAGAAGAAAGGCCUGCAGAUAUUGCUGCUGGAUGGUGAGGAGGCUUUCAAGUCGUGGACGGACACGGACAGUCUGUAUGGGGCACGAGCCCUCGCUGAAGAAUGGGAAAGCACGUUCAACCCCGCCGCAUCCACAUACAAGACGCCCCUCGACUCGAUAGACCUCUUUGUACUGCUCGAUCUUCUUGGCUCCAGAGGCCCAACCAUACCUUCGUACUAUAAGACCACACAUUGGGCCUACAAACACAUGGCUCAGGCUGAGCACCGCUUACGGGAUCUUGGUCUCUUCAAAUCGUCACCAAACCACCCUUCCAGGGUAGCGAAGCGCGCGAACGAGAACAAGCGCACGGAGCCCUUGUUCCUGACAGCAGCGGCGCAAGAGGACGGCGGCUUCUUCGGCGGUUAUAUUGCGGACGAUCACCUUCCCUUCCUUGCGCGCGGCGUUGAGGUCCUGCACAUUAUACCCUCGCCGUUCCCGCAUGUCUGGCACGACAUAACGGAUGACGGGGAGCAUCUUGACGUGGAGACGGUCGAAGACUGGGCGAGGCUUGUCACUGCUUUCACUGCCGAGUGGAUGGAUCUGGAGGGUUUCUUUGAUGCGCGGACAAAGCAGAAGACGGAGGUGACUGGGAAAUCGGAGUUGUAA